CUCGCAGUAGAUUGGCGGGGACUCCGGACAGUCUACACGUUUUAAAAACCUUAGCCAUAAACUCGUUUUGCGCCCAAUUUUAAGCUUCGCUAAACACUAGGCAGUUUUUAUUCUAUAUUUUUUUUUGUUACUGGCUAAAUAAAAGUCACGUCGAAAAAUUGACGCGAAUUUGUCAAUCAAGUUGUCAACUAAGUUGUGAUUUUGUGCGAUAAAUUGUUUUGCUAUUUUUUUGGUUUCGGUAUUAAAUUGUAUAUUUUGAUCAUUCGUAAUGGCGUGUACGGUUUGUUUGAACAGCAAUGAUAAACCCGUGAAAAUGAGAAAGGAACGCGACACGUUCGGCGAGCUGGACGUGCCGGACGACAAGCUGUACGGCGCGCAAACAGUGCGCUCCGUCAUGAACUUCCCCAUCGGCGGCAUUGAGGAACGGAUGCCGUAUCCAGUCAUCAUAGCCAUGGGAAUUCUGAAAAAAGCGGCGGCAAAAGUCAACAUUGAAUUCGGCCUGGACAAAAAGAUUGCGGACGCAAUAAUGCAGGCGUGCGAUGACGUCAUAUCCGGGAAGCUGUACAAGGAGGGCCACUUCCCUUUAGUCAUCUGGCAGACUGGCUCCGGCACGCAGACCAAUAUGAACACUAAUGAGGUAAUCUCAAACAGGGCAAUCCAGAUCCUCGGCGGAAAACUGGGCAGCAAAGACCCUGUGCAUCCAAACGACCAUGUGAACAAGUCUCAGAGCUCCAACGACACUUACCCAACGGCCAUGCACAUCGCUGUUGGUAUGGAGCUACGAGAUCGUCUGAUGCCGGGCCUCGUGGCUUUGAGAGACACCUUGGACGCUAAGUCCAAAGAGUUCGACAAGAUUAUCAAGAUUGGCAGGACCCACUUAAUGGACGCCGUACCUUUGACCCUGGGCCAGGAGUUCAGCGGUUACGCGGCGCAACUUUCGUAUGGCAUCGAACGAGUUUGUACCACUCUGCCAAGGCUGCACUACCUCGCUCUUGGCGGCACCGCAGUUGGUACUGGCCUCAACACUCGCAAAGGGUUCGCGGAGAAGUGUGCGAAGGAGAUCUCUAAUCUUACUGGCAUACCGUUCGAGACAGCCCCCAACAAAUUCGAAGCUCUAGCCAGCCACGACGCGAUGGUGGAAGUUUCUGGAGCCCUCAACACAGUGGCUUGUUCCCUCAUGAAAAUAGCUAACGACAUCCGUCUGCUGGCCUCGGGACCUCGAUGUGGGCUAGCCGAGCUCAUGCUGCCUGAGAACGAACCUGGAUCCUCUAUCAUGCCUGGCAAAGUAAACCCUACACAGUGUGAAUCGAUGACAAUGAUCGCAGCUCAAGUGAUGGGCAACCAUGUAGCUUGCACUGUGGGCGGCAGUAACGGCCACUUCGAGCUCAACGUGUUCAAGCCCAUGAUGGUGGCCAACGUGCUGCGCUCCAUCAGACUUAUCGGUGACGGUUGCCAGUCAUUCAACAAGAACUGUGCAGUAGGCAUCAAAGCGAACGUGGCACAAAUCAACAAGAUCAUGCGAGAAUCACUUAUGCUGGUUACCGCUCUUAAUCCACACAUCGGAUAUGAUAAGGCCGCCCAAAUCGCAAAAACAGCUCACAAAGAAGGCGGCACGCUCAAGGAUACGGCAGUUAAACUGGGCAUCCUCACCGCGGAGCAAUUUGACCAGUGGGUCAAACCCGAAGAAAUGCUCGGACCCAAGUAGACCUGACUUUCAUCAUUGUUCAAACACCAUGUCGUCUUCUAAUACAAUAGCUAUUUAUGAAAUUGUAUAGUAUUAUGAUGUUGUAUAGUUAUGAUAUUUAUUGUGUAUGUCAAAGUGCUGUUUUAUUGAUAAAUCUUAUAGUAUGUUUACAUUCAGAGCAAAGUCGAUCAGUCUUCUUUUAUUUCUCAGUGAAGCUUUUACGCUGCUUGUCGGUAUUGAACUGAGUUUGUACCAUAAUAUUUAAAGGAGAAACUGACUAACAAGGACAAGGCCGUCAAACUGGGCAUUUCAACUGCAGAGCAAUUCAAGUAGACCCGGCCUUACUGCUUAUCAUUGUUCAAACACCAUGUUGUCUUAAUAUAAGCAGAUAAUAAUACAAUAGCUAUAUUUAUGAAACUGUACAAUAUUAUGAUGUAUAUUAUAUCGAAAUGUUGUGUUAUUGGUUUUUUGUUAAAUUCAGAUACAAGUUAGCCCUUGACUGUGAUCUCACCUGGUGGUAAGUAAUGAUGCAGUCUAAGAUGGAAGUGGGCUAACCUGGAAGUUUGUGGGAAGUGUGACUGUCAGUCUGUUACUUUUUCACCAUACUCGUAUCAUACGCCAUACAUGUAAUUGAUUUUAACGUUUAACACAGAGU